AUGCAGCGAAAGACAUUGUGGGAAUCCUACAAGGCACUCAACCCUCGCACACGUGUUUCAAUUGGCGUUGCUGGCAUGGCUUUUGCAACAGCCGGCAUGUUCAUAUCUGACUGGCUUGAGGAGUCUCUCCCACCCACCGAAAUAGAGAAGCAGGAGUUAGUAAUGAUGUCUCCCAUUGUCGUUGUUGACCACGAGUCUCCAAAGAAAGCCACUGACCAAAGUAUCAGCCAAUAA